AUAAUUGCUGGUGUAGCUUUUCAAUGAGCCUGCAAAAAAGAGGAACUGCUAAAACAAUAGCCCGGUUUUCAAGUUGUUGGCUUUUGUGUAACGAAUGAAAAUUGUGAAAAGGAAACCGAAAACUGGAAAAAUAUAAUCCUUUCCCUUUUCUCCAACAAGGAAGGUGGAACAAAGCAACAAAGUCACACAGCAAAUUCCUGCAAAAAAAAAAAAAACAAAAGGACGUAGGAAGGACUGGCAUUAGACCACAAAAACAAGCAACUUGCCUCGGUUCAUUCUCUAGGCCCUUAUCAUGAACUAUUAUGAUGAAGAGAUUCCAGUGAAUGCUUUGGCGGCUGGAGCAGCAACCGUGAAACCAACACCGCCACCCAGCAAUGCCAAGGUGGAACGUAUCUCUAGUCGCGGAAGCAAUGGUGACAAAGCAAGUGUGUUGGGUAGUGGUAGAUCCGUUGCUGCUGUGGGUGGUAAUGGUGGUGGUGGUGGUGGUGCUGUCCAAAGAGCAGGAAGUGGUAAUGGUUUGCAGCGUAGCAUAGAAAUGGUGGGAAGACCUCGCCAGCGAACAAUGAUGCAUGGCAACUCCACCGAUGAUGAUGGCCUGUUGCAGGACAUUUUGGAUCAUGACGAUGAAGACGAUGAUGACGACGAAGAGGAUGAUAGUGAAAUACAAAUGGAGGCCAAACCUUCCAUACAACCCAUUCUCACUGAGGCCCAGCCGGACUUUAUGAAGCGUACCAGUGGAGGAGCUGGUGGUGGUGUUGGCGGAGCCAUUGGCCGCAAUAACCCUCUACGUCCUGGCAGUUCUCGCAUGAAAAUGAAUCUGCCAACAGCCAAAGUUUUGGACAACGACUCCGAGGCUUCCGAGACGGACAGUGAAGAAGGUGGAGAAGAAUCCAAGGGAGUCACCGGAGAUUAUGCCCCAAAUUGGGAGGCCUCACAAAUGAGCAUAACACCAGAAAAAUGGGAAUCUCUACAGGUUCCCCAGGAGGUCAAGGAUCUAUUCCCGUACAUUUUGAAAUAUAUACCCCAGCACAUUGAGACGGCCUAUCACUUGCAGCCAUUCAUCCCGGAUUUUGUACCGGCAGUGGGUGAUGUUGAUGCCUUCUUAAGGGUGACCGGGCCGCCAAUGCUCAAUCCCCAACGCAGUCGGGAAGUUGAUGAGCAUUUGGACAAACUUGGCCUUUACUUUUUGGAUGAACCUUCGGGCACCCAAAGUGAACCCAGUUUACUUAACAUGAAACUGCGCUCUGCCCUCACGGGAAGUGGCAGUCAUGCCCGUUCCUCCUCCGCCAGCAUGGUACCCACUGCCAAGUCCAAUAAGGACAUUGACAAAUGGAUCAAUGAAGUUGAACAGGUCCACAUGACCCAGUCCGUGUAUGAUGUCCAGCCUCGCAAGGAUAUUGAGAACAUGAUAAUUGAUUGGCCACGUUCGUAUGCCAAUGUGGCUGGCAGUGUGCAGCAGGCCUAUCAACAGUGUGCGGCCGGCCAACAGACUGUCAUUGAUUAUGUCCGCAUCCUCUGUCAACAGUUUGAGCUGCAGGGACCACUUGAGACACAAGCCGAUUAUUUGUUGAGUGUUCAAACAUUGUUCGCUUUGUAUUUGGCAGCCAAUCAGGCAUGGGAGUGAAUGGAAAAGGAAAGCCGAAGGGGCAAGGUCAUGGAGAGUAGGCUGCUUAAGAUGGGAGAGAGGCAUAACCCAGUAAAUAUUUUUUCGCAUAGUAUUAGAAAUGUUUAG